GGAGGCAGCCAUUACCUCCAUGAAUGGCCAGUGGCUGGGAUCCAGGUCCAUCCGCACCAACUGGGCCACCAGGAAACCACCAGCGCCGAAGAACGAAUUGAACUCCAAGCCGCUUACCUUCGACGAGGUGUACAACCAGAGCUCGCCCACCAACUGCACGGUCUACUGCGGUGGUUUGACCACCGGCCUCACUGAAGAGCUGAUGCAGAAGACCUUCCAGCCCUUCGGGACCAUCCAGGAGAUUAGAGUCUUCAAGGACAAGGGAUACGCCUUCAUUAGAUUUUCUACAAAAGAGAGCGCCACCCACGCUAUAGUGGCAGUCCACAACACAGAUGUCAACGGGCAGCCUGUCAAAUGCUCGUGGGGAAAGGAAUCCGGUGACCCCAACAAUGCUCAGGGUCAGGGACAGCUCGGAGGCACGGCAUACAGUCCAUUCGGCGCGGCGUACACUGCUGGAGGAGUGCCCCCAACCUCAUACUGGUACAACACGUACCCGCAACAGCUGGGAGGCUUCCUGCAAGGGGUACAGGGGGUACAAGGGUACUCGUACGCUGGACAGUUCGCGGGGUACCAGCAGCAGUAUAUGGGAAUGGGCGGCGUCCAGCUGCCCUGGGCACUGGGCGGCGGCGUGGGCGGCGUAGGCUCAGUCGGCGGCGUGGCGGCCAUGUCGCAGCCGCCGCAGGUGCUGCACUAUCCGGUACAGCAUUUCCAGGUGCAGCCUCAGAUCGGCGAGGACGAAUGGCUGGCUCCCAGCCUCCUGGUGUGAGGCCACCGCACCCUCCCGCCCGACUGCUGCUGCCUCCACAAGGACUGGUAGACCACUGGUAGACCAGCCCACUUCAUUUCCAACUUCGUUCAGUUGCAACCCACACCUUUCCAAACGAAGGAGCUCCAUGAGGGUACAAACACGGUCGAGUGCGGACAGUGCGAAACUUAGGCUAUAAGCCUAGCCCACCUUACAAAAGGUCGAACAUUUCAGAUCGAAAAAAAAUGUGAGUCAUUCUUCUCUGAUAUGAUUUCUACUGCUGCUUAUGACUGCAUGAAAAUGCAUUAAAUUUAACAUAAAAAAUACUUUUAGAGGAUAUAUAGAUUUGGUAUAAGAUUAUUAUUAUAUUACUGGUAAGUUUAGUUUUAAGUUGAUGAUAAUAUCAGUUGUCACGCGGGCCAAAUGGGAUGGGGUAUUUGAUGAAAUACAAGAGCGAUUGAGAACGAGGCUAUGGUACCAAACAUCAUGUCAGCACAAGCAUAGUAUAAGUUUAGUGGAAAAAAAUGUAGAUUUUUGGAAACAUGUUUAGUAGGAAUCGUAGAAUAUUAGGCAAGGUCACAUCAGUGAGUGAGAAGUUUUUUAAGACAAUUUUAUAUCCGCUGAGAAUGGUAAGAAUGUACGAGACGAAAUAGAAUUAUUAACGAAUAGAGAAACGCAGAAAAUGGAUUCUACUUUAUUUAUUUCUUAUUUCAUUUGUUUCUUCUCGAUGCUAGUUUUUGCCAAAUUCUGAUCCAUAACGAAAUCAUGAUAAACUAUAAAUAACUACUGUUAUAAAAGAUGGUUGUGUCUAACUAUUAAAGGAUACACUUAAAAAACUUUGAGAAAAAAUACCGAAAAGUAGUGAAAUAUUAGAUUUAUUUAUUGAAUAGGUGACUAAGUGAAAAGAAAAAAUAUUUAUUGCAUAGAUGAUAAGAAGCAUUUAAUCUUUACUGUAGUUAGUAAAAAUGGGAGUGUGAAAUGAUGUUUGUUUGGUUUCUCUCAAAAAACGCGUCGAUUAUGAUUUGUGGAAAAUUUUGGCUGACUUUUAACUUUGCUUUUUAUUGUUUCUAUUCAACCAUAUUGACGUACGAGACUUCAUUCGGUUAUCUCAUUCUGUGUGAGCCCCAUAUAAGGGGAAGUUAGUGUUCUAAAAAAUAUUGAAAAAACGUUGUAGUAGUACUACAAAAAAUCUUUUUUGAAACUUUUUAAAAGGUGAGGGAUCUAUCCAUGUCACCUGACGUCUAUAUAAUAUUUUGUAAAUGAUGUAUUUUAUACAUUGUAUUGAAAGAUCUAUCGUUUGACUGUCGUAGUUACUUUCAUUGUUUCGAUUUAGCAUUAUAAUUUUGAGCAUGUAGUGAAAAAUUGAGAGACAUAUCGCUAGAAGUUAUUAUAAGAUAUUUAUAUAUAUAAAGAAGGAUAAUUAUUAUAUAGUUCAUUUCAGCUAAGGAACGAAUUGUGACGUCAAUUUUGUCAUUCAGUCAAUCGAGAAAUCGGAGAUGCGUAUUUUGAAUUAUGCAAAAGAAACCACCGGCAUAAUAUAAGUGGUUUGGAAUGCGAUAAACGAGAUGUGAUGUUUGCAUAUUCAAAAGGCGCGAAAGAGGUUCAACUUCUUUGAAAAAUAACUGAAUUAUAUCACAAAAUCGUACUACAAACCACUAGAUAGUCAAAUUUAGUUAUAAUCAACAUAUAAUGAUGCUAGGUUUUAGUAAAUGAAUUCAUUUAUGCCUAUAAUUGCUUGAAGUAGAGAAUAAUAGUAAGCAUACAUAUAUAUCCGAAUAGUAUGUAAGCUACAAUGUAACAGUAAUAUAUUGCCGACCGUCUUCUAUGUAGGAAAGGGCGUUUCGUCCAGAUCUUGGAACUCGACGUGUCGUUGCCUUCUGUCGUUGCUAUACUUCCUUCUACUAUUUACAUAAGUAUAUGCUACAUAUAGUUAAGGACGCAGAACGGCUUUGCUGUCUCCAUUAAUAUAAGCUAGAAAUAUAAGACGUAUGUUAAUAAUCAAAUCUCCAUUAUAAAAUGGAGUAUUAACUUUAGCUAGGCGAAAUUACAA